AUGUUCACCAAAGUUAUUGUGAUAGUUGUUCUCUGCAUGGCGACAGUGAAUUGCUUUGACGUUUGUGCUAAUAACGAUGACAAAUGCGUUGAGAAUAAAAUUAAGGAAUACGUUGACAAUGCAGACCAAGAAGGUAGCAUACCCCUGUUCGGUGGACUGAGCAUUGAUAAGGUCAGAGGAGUCGAACCUUUACCAUCAAGCAACGAUGAAAGUCUGGUCGGAAGGGUUCAGCGUUAUAUGCAGAGCCACGAAUUGAAAUUCCAAGUACCAGAAGAAAAGAAGGGCAGAAGUUUGACUGAAGAAAGCCGAUCCAGUAAAUUGAAGAAAAUCGUUUUGCCCCUGCUCUUGGGAUUGAAACUGAAGACUGCCGUCAUUUUGCCAAUCGUCCUUACCGCAAUUGCUUUGAUCUCUCUUAAAGGACUCGGUGCUGGAGUUUUAGCUCUGCUCUUCGCAGGUGCCACUGCCUUUAAAGAUCUACUUGCUGCCAAAGCACACUCCGGACAUGUUACAUACAUCUCAGCCCCUGAACCUCACCUGGCCGACUGGAGCCGAUCCGGAACUGAUCUCGGUCAAGGAGCAUACCAAACGAUAGUCUAA